AUGGUUUACUCUGCGUUCAAAUAUCUUGACGUCGAGAAUCUUGGCGAUUAUGUGUAUCGAGUUUCGCUGAAUCGACCCGACAAGUACAACGCGUUGAAUUUUGAAUUUUGGAGAGAAAUUGGAUUGGUUUUCAAACAGUUCGAUGAGGAUGAGAAUUGUCGAGUUGUGAUUCUCGAAGGCAAUGGGAAGCAUUUUUGCGCGGGACUUGAUUUGAUGGCGGCCAGCCAGAUCGGCGCUUCCGACGAUGACGAUGGAGCGCGAAAGGCGCGAAAGCUGCUUCGCGAAAUUCAGCGAAUGCAGCAGGAUUUCACCAACGUGCAAAAGUGCCUCAAACCGGUGCUGGUUGGAAUGCACGGCUUCAGUCUUGGCGCUGCCAUUGAUUUGGCUUCGGCGUGCGAUGUUCGAUAUGCGACACGCGACGCGGUGCUGUCGGUGAAGGAGGUUGACAUCGGCAUGGCCGCCGAUAUUGGAAGUUUGAAUCGUCUGCCGAAGAUUGUUGGCAAUAUGAGCUGGAUCAAGGAGAUCAGCAUGACGGCACGACAUUUUUCAGCCGACGAAGCGAAAGAAUACGGGCUGGUUAGUAAGGUGUUCGAGACGCGCGACGAAAUGCGGCAAGGAUUGCUGGAAUUGGCGAAACUGCUUGCCACCAAGAGCCCUGUUGCUGUACAGGGCACCAAAGGCGUUCUCAACUAUUCGAUGGAUCAUAGCAUUGAGGAUUCGCUCAACUAUGUGGCCACCUGGAACAUGUCGCAAUUGGCGACGGAUGAUGUGCAACUCUCGGCGCUGGCGAGCCUCACCAAACAACCGCUGCCGCCGUUUUCGAAGCUCUAA